GAGGUCGUGGUGUGCUGGGCUGGCUGUCAGGGAAGUGGUCACCAGUCCUGUGACUGUGGAGUCGAGACGCAGCUGCAAGAAGAAAACGGCACCUCAACAGAGCCAUCUUGGGCUUUUCUUAUCACCCAUGUUUUCACAUCUCUCCUUCGACUGUGUCCUUCUGUGGCUGCUACUACUCACAAGGUCUUUGGAAGGGUCCCUCACAGCCGAGGUGGGUCAGAAUGCUCGCCUGCCCUGCUCCUACUCUCCAGCCACCUCUGAGGACAUUGUGCCUGUGUGCUGGGGCAGGGGCCCCUGUCCUGCCUUUCAGUGUCAUGGUAUGCUGCUCAGCACUGAUGGGAGAAACUUGAACUCCCAGAUAUCCAGCAGAUACCAGCUAAAGGGGAAUAUCCACGAAGGAGAUGUGUCCUUGACCAUAGAGAAGGUGACUUUAGCUGAUAGCGGGGACUAUUGCUGCCGCAUCCAAUUCUCAGGCCUAUGGAAUGAUAAAAAAUCAAACCUGAAGUUGGACGUCAUACCAGCCAAGGUCACCCCUGCUGGGACGCCGUGGAGAGACUUCACUACGGCCUUUCCAAGGAUACUCACCACCGAGGAUCAUGGCUCAGAGACACAGACACUGGAGACCCUCCAUGAUAAAAAUCAAACACAAAUACACACAGUGACUGAUGAAUUACAAGACUCUGAUGCAACCACCAGACUAAGUAUCUACAUCGGAGCAGGGAUCUCUGCUGGGCUGGCUCUGGUUCUCCUCUUUGGUGCUUUAAUUCUCAGAUGGUAUUCUCAUAGGAAAGAGAAGUUACAGAAUUCAAGCCUCAUCACAUUGGCUAACCUCCCUCCCACCGGGAUAGAAAAUACAGUAGCAGAAGGGAUGCGUGCAAAGGAGAAUAUCUACACCAUUGAGGAGAACGUGUAUGAAGUGGAGGAUCCAUCAGAGUAUUACUGCUAUGUCACCAAUGGGCAGCAAUCCUGACACCCUCUGGGUUGUCACCAGUCUAUGCCAUGAGCCCCAGCCUCCUUUUUGAGCCUGUGUUGUCUUCUUCUUUUAAAACUAUCAGCUGUGUCAGCGGAUUGGCUUUAAGGUCCUGCCCAUGGCUACUGAACAUUCUUUUUCCAUUUUCUCAAGAUAACUAGCUGAUGUGAGUACUGAACCAUGACCUGCCCAAUACUCAGACGUGUUACAUUACCUCUGCAUUCCAGCCAACAGAUUACUCAUCUCAGACAUGCUAAUCAGGACAUUAGAACUGAAAUGACCUUCUCUGAAAAGUAGGAAUUCUUACUACUGGGUUUCCUGGAUUCCAGGAAUUUCAGUCCCAUGAGGUGUCCAGAGGAAAUUACAUGCUGAGGAGUGUGCAUGUCUUUUUGGUACAGAAAGUCUAAAGGGGCCACUGAUUUUCAAAGAGAACAGUGACUCAUACGAGGUUAAGAAACGACUGGAGCAGAAUAGAUGGUCCUGAAGGUUGCCUUUGAGUCUCAGGUUUCUGCUUCUUUGAAUGAAGACUCCUGGUAGUAAAUGCUCUGCAGACCUCUCCUUUUCCAGGGAAGAAGACAGCCCAGCGGGCCGGGGGUGUGGCAGGAGCCCCUGGAGAAAAAAAGAAGCACACGUGGCGUGUGUGGUCAAGUUCUGCUUGGGGCGCACUCAAAAAGAAAUGUCUCUGACCAACUUCUCCAUCCAUGGAGAGAACUGGAGCCGUGUUUUCCACAGAGGGGGAACAGUGACUGGCACGUCAGUUCCAUUUCCUGGUGGGCAGAGGCAGAGGGCUCCAGCGAUCCGUGCUCCUCAGCAUCCGGCCCCUGAGCUGCCAGCCAAGGUUGUGGAGACCAGGUCUGCCUCACUCAGUUGUCGCCUCUGCUCUCACACGUAAUAGACAUUUACUAAAUAUCUUUGGAGGGUAAACAUUAAAUACACAGAAAAGUAGCUUUCUGGCAAGACUUUUAGACUUAGAGCUGAGACAGAGCCUGACUCCUUGGAGAACUCACGCACACCCCUCAGCGCCACGUGUGCGCUUCUGCAGGAAAGUGGCUGCUGUUCCUCUGCAUCGUGUCCCAUGGCAGGAGCUGGGACGUUUGUUACUCCCUUGUCUAUUUCCCCUUUCUGCUGAGCCUCCUUAAUGUGCACCUGUCACUGCCUGAAAACGGCCCCUCCCUGGGUGACGACUAAGCUGCUGCUACGCUGUAUGCCAUGGAUGUCAGUCACCUGGAGGGAAGGGACUUCAGAACACACUUGGACCAGAUCACUGGUUCCCCUCCAAAGGAGAACCUUGCCCUGCAUGUAUACACGGAUUAUCAUUGCAGUGAUGUUUGCAAGAGACUUUCCCAUCAGUAGGGGAACAGGUGGUUAUUGUGGUUCAUCAGCACAC